AUGAAUUGGAAAUUGGAGACAGAUUCUUUCACAUACAGUGUGUCAAAAGAUGAAAAGCCAUUAACCCGCAGAGGAGUGCUGUCAACGGUGAACUCGCUGUUUGAUCCCUUAGGUUUCGUGGCUCCAGUUGUCAACCAGGGGAGAUUGCUGAUGCGAGACCUGAUACAAGAGACAUUAGACUGGGACAAGCCCCUGUUAGAAGUGAACAUGCAGCAAUGGGAUAAUUGGAGAAGAUCAUUGACGGAGCUUGAACAGCUCAAUAUCCCACGUAUGUGUAUACCAGUCUUAACGCCACCUGGGAGACAAGAAAUUCAUGUUUUCUCUGAUGCAUCAGAGAAAGCAAUAUCUUCUGUUGCCUACUUAAGAGAUGAGAACGCCAAAGGUGUGGUUCAAGUCGGUUUCGUUUUGGGUAAAUGUAAGGUUGCUCCACAGUCCGGACAUACUAUACCUAGGCUUGAGCUUUGUGCUGCCGUGAUGGCUGUGGAAAUAGCUGAGACAGUAUCCGAGCAGAUUGGCGUUGCCAUAGAGAAGAUGAAGUUUUACACAGAUAGUCGUGUUGUACUUGGUUAUCUUAACAACAAGGUAAGACGGUUCUACAUCUACGUGCAGAAUCGCAUUUCCCGAAUACUCAAGUCAACAGCUCGAGAACAAUGGCACUAUGUUUCCACGGAUGACAAUCCAGCCGAUCAAGGAACAUGA